AUGUCGGCGCGGGCCGCGGGUGACGUCAGGAGGGAGCAGCGCGGCGCGGCCGCCAGGCAGCGGCAGCGGCGGCCCCGCCACGGCGAGGGAGGAGGCGGAGGAGGCGGGAGCGGCGCCGGCCCCGCCGCCACCGCAGCGGCAAUGGCGGCCGUCGGGGAGCGCAGGUCCCUGCCCAGCCCCGAGGCGAUGUUGGGGCAGCCCUGGAGCCACUGGGUCGAUGCUGCUAAACUUCACGGGAACGACGGAACAGCAUUAGAAGAAAGUUUCAAGGAAUACGGGAGAAACCGAGAAGCAAUGCGACUUUGCCGAGAAGAUAUGCCAAUAUUUGGUCUUUGCCCGGCUCAUGAUGAUUUCUAUUUGGUGAUGUGUAACCACUGUAAUCAGGUCGUAAAACCACAGGCAUUUCAAUCACAUUAUGAAAGAAGACACAGCUCCUCCAGCAAGCCGCCUUUGACUCCUCCCUCCUCUUCAGUAUUUUCCCUCAUUUCAUCUUUCCCUUCAAAAAACAAAGGUAGCAGUGGAAGUGGGAGCAGUCGUUCAUCCAGUGGAGGUACUAGUGCAUCAUCAUCAAACUCCAAGUUGUUGAAAUCACCCAAAGACAAGCUGCAGAUCAGCGGAAACAACAGGUUAAUGCAUUCGGUACAGCACAGCAAAGUUCCCCAUGACAAAAUUAUGACUCCAUCUGUCAAAGUGGAAAAGAUUCAUCCAAAGAUAGAUGGUGCCCAACUGAAAGCUGCUGUUGGUCCAACUUGUUCUACUACUGUGAGUUCCUCAAUAAAGACUGGCCUUAAUUGUCCCUCAAUACCAAAGCCACCCUUGCCUUCCCCUGGACAGAUACUGAAUGGUAAAGGUCUUCUCUCUGUGCCUCCAUUUUUGGAAAAGAAACCUGAAGAAAAUACGAAUAAUAGGAAAUUUUUACAUAAAAGAUUGUCAGAGAGAGAAUUUGAUCCUGAUAUAUACUGUGGUGUCAUUGAUGUGGAAACCAGGAAACCUUGUACUAGGUCUUUAACAUGCAAGACACAUUCCUUAACCCAGCGGAGGGCUGUACAGGGUCGAAGAAAACGAUUUGAUGUGUUGUUAGCUGAGCACAAAAGCAAAACCAGGGAAAAGGAACUUCUUCGACAUUCGGAUCAUCAUCAGCAGAUGCCCCCUCUCAGGGAACCACAUCCCUCACCUACUAAAACUUCCCAGGAGCUGCACCAAAAUUCUCAUGGAGUUACUCUUACAGAAUCAAAGCCUUUAUUACCUAAUAAACCCAAACCUCACCCCCCCAGUCUUCCAAGGCCUCCAGGCUGUCCAGCCCAGCACAGUGGAAAUGCCCCCAGCGAGUCUCCUUCUGUCCACGAGUCCCCACACCCUCCCUUGCCUGCAGCUGAGCCAGCAUCUCGGUUAUCCAGUGAUGAGGGAGAAUGUGAUGAGAAAGAAGAGCCUGUUGAAAAACUGGAUUGUCAUUAUUCAGGUCAUCAUCCUCAACCAGCCGGUUUUUGCACAUUUGGUAGUCAGCAAAUUGGAAGAGGUUAUUACGUGUUUGACAAGCGGUGGAACCAUAUUCGAUGUGCACUUGACUUCAUGUUGGAGAAGCAUCUGAAUUCACAGAUGUGGAAGAAAAUUCCUCCAGCAUCCAGCACCACAGCAUCAGUCCGUGCCCCACAUCGGACAAACCUGCUGCCUGCCUCUCAGCACGGGGUCAGUGCAGCAGGGUUCCUCUUGCCCACCACGGUUAUGUCAUCGCCAGCGUUGGUGUCUCCUUCCUGCGUGUCCCUGAGCAGCAAAUCGGUGCCAUCCCACGGGACGACGCUCAGCGCCAACCCCGCUGCUCUGGGUGCCGUGGAUCCCGUCUGCAGUAUGCAAUCAAGACAAGUGUCUUCUUCCCCUUCAACACCUACAGUGCUUUCCUCUGUUCCUUCACCUAUGGCCAGCAAACCUCAGAAAAUGAAAUCCAGCAAAUCUUUUAAACCUAAGGAAUCUCCUGCUGGCAGCGGCACUUGUAACAGCACCGGCAGCGUCAGUAGCAGCGGCGGCUCAGGAAAGAAGCGUAAAAACAGCUCCGCACUGCUCGCACCUUCUCAUUCCACAGAGUCCUUUAGAAAAAACUGUGUGGUUAACUCUGGGACCUCCUAUCAUCCCUCAGUGACAGCUUCGUCCCACAGCGUUGGCCUCAACUGUAUGACUAGCAAAGCUAACUCUGUUAGCCUCAAACAUGACCAAUCAGGGAGGGGUCCUCCGACCGGGAGCCCUGCAGAGUCCAUCAAGAGAAUGAGUGUGAUGAUGAACAGCAGCGACUCCACGCUCUCCUUAGGGCCCUUUGUUCAUCAGUCUAGUGAGCUGACUGUAAAUUCACACAGCAGUUUUUCACAUUCACAUACUUCCCUUGACAAAUUAAUAGGAAAGAAAAGAAAGUGCUCACCUGGUUCAAGCAGCAUCAACAGCAGCAGCAAAUCAAACAAAGUUGCCAAAUUGACAUCGGUGAACAAUGUUCAUGCAAAACACACUGGUGCAAUCCCAGGGACGCAAGGACUGAUGAACAAUUCUCUGUUUCAUCAGCCAAAGGCCCGUCCCUGAUAGCUGAAGGCACCAAGGUGAGAAACAAACUGGACAGUUUUCACUACAAGCAAAACCUCCAUCUGGAUUUCUGGACUCCAAGAUGCCUUGAGUUUUCCCAACUUCCCAUGGUCCUCAGGUGUGGAAAUCUACUGGACUGUCACUUAAACAAGGAAUUUCCCUGAAGCCAUGUCUGUAGCAGUGAAUAUACUAGAAAUGGACACUGGAUGAAGUUCAGCCACAUAAUUGCUCUUAUCAGUGUUAACAGUGGUCUGGACUGUUUGCUACAAAUCUGUGAGAUUUUCCUUACAGGAGUACAUCAUCUUGCCACUAUUUGACAUAGUUUGGCUGGGCAAACGAAUGUUUUCUGGGGGGAAAUAAACAUUACUGUGGACUUAUUUUUAUACUGAUGGUGUCUUUUGUAGGUGAUAGCUAACCAGACAGACACCCUCAAUGGAGAGGACCCCGUGACAAGGGGAAAAAUGUGUGAGGCACAAUGGAAAGAAGCCCUCAAGAAGGGAAUAUGGCUUUAGUGUUUUUAUAGCAAUGUUCCUUUAAUGGAAUUUUAAAAAUAGCACAAUUCAAAAAAUAGUCUGUUUUGCCCAGCCUUUUGCAGGUAAUUUGGGAUAAGAAGCUAUCAGGAGUUUAAAACAAAACAAACCCAACAAAACCAGAAAAACUUGUUUGAGGCCACUGCUCAGAAAACAAGUAUAAAAAUGCCGUAUUUGUGUGAUACAAAACCUAUUUUCUAUUCUUUUGAAUGAGAUUUUAUUGUGGAAGAAAAGUUAAUUUUGUUCUUUAAAAAUUCCAAAAAAUAUCAAACAGACAAAGGCAAAUAACCUCUAAAACUCUAUGCCCAAAGAACCUAUUUAUUGACCUAUACUGUAUACCACAGGCCUUUGUUUUUUUUAAAAGAAAAACUAUUGAUGAAAUUAGACUGGAUUUGUCUUCCUCUUCCAGCAGAUAAAAUUAGCCCUUUUAAAAAUGAGUUUUUAAAAUAUUUAAAUAUUUUUUAACAACCAUAAAGGUCAGUUUCUUUCUGCCUUGUUUGUGUAACAAAAUUGUUGAUGUGUGGUGUCUUCUACCACUCAGUAAGUUUAGGGUUUUUAGUCAAAAUUCUGGAAUAAAUGCCAAUUUGACAGCAGAGUUCACUGUGAAGCACUGGUUUGUGCAUCACAGUCAUCCCAGGCCCACCCAGGCUUUAUGAGCAUGGGAGGCUUUACAGUUUUAUAUAACCCAGCCAAUUUUUAUGAAGUAUUUUGUCUUGCUUCAAAACACCUCAAAAAUUCAUUCCGCCAAAGGGCUCAUUGUAUUAUGGUUUGACUCAUCUGGAUGUUUUUGUUAAGUUUUUAAACGUCAGGUAAAGGCUCAAAACUGACUAAACUUUUAUUAAGGGGGCAAAGCAAAGGAAGAUGAAAUCCUAACGAAGAAGAUUUUUAUUUUCUGCCUUAAAGGGGCAUCAGCUAUUGCUGAGAAGAGACAAUCUGAGCCUGUCCAGCUGUUCACGUAGCCCAGCCUUCUCCCCGUUGUGGUGGCAAGUAGUAAGUACAUCAGGGAAUCCAAAGCCACUCUGAGUAGCAGUUGCUUAGUUGUUUACCUAACAAUGCUUUCAGUUUCUCCUGAACUUCCUAUGAAAUCAUUGUUAUACAGCAAAACAACAAGAAGCCUCUAUGCAGACACUUUAGCUUUGAAUUGAUACAAAAGAUCACACUGAGAAAGCAAUGUACUAGAGACUCUUAUUAUGCAAACUUUAAAAAAAAAACCAGUAGACAACUUUUCAGGAACAAAAGGAUUCGUAUUUAAUAGGAUGCCCUGUUGAAAGGAUUGUUAGAACUGCAAUUGGUUUCAUGUAAAAGGAACCAAAGUGAAAUGCUUCAAAAAGAAAUCCAGGUGUAUUAAAUCCUGCACGUUUGAAGAGAAAUCCAUGUUCUGAUGAAAGUCCCUGGGGCAGAGCUUCCACUUCAGGAUAGCAUCAGUCACAAGUGCAAUUUGACUCUUGGUAGAAACAAAGGUAAAGGAAACAGAAAUUUGACGAGAUUGGGCGCUGGCGAGUUUGUGAUUGAACUGUCCUCUGGUUUUUAAGGUUCUGUUGAUCUGAAAGCAAAAUGGCAAAUUUGUGCUUCUUCAGUAGCAUGCAGAUGUGUACAAAAUGAAUUCCUGAUGGCUGCUCCUCCAGAGCCAGUGGGUGCAGCCACCUGCACCAUGUGGGCUUGAGCCACUGGAGCAAAGAGUCCGAGCAUAAAUUCUGCCUGCCCUAGACCUGCUCUAAAUAUUAUGUUUUAGAUCUUGGUUGUAAGCAGAACAUUGUUCCUGAAGCUUUUAUUGUCACAUAGUUCUUACUGUAAAUAAUUAAGGAAGCUUAAAAUUAAUUUUCCUUGCAAAAUUGAAUUUGCAGUGGCUGGGUUGUUUCUAGACAGAUUUUGGUAUUAAUUUAAGAGAUACAGUUUUUAUAGUCUUUCCAACUUCUCGUUAUGACUCCUGCAGUUUUCUUAACCUAAAAAAUUGCUGCAAUGAUGAACAAAGAAUUAUACAAGAAAAAAAAACAUACUUUUGUAUCUUUAUUUUGGAAUUUCUUGUUCUAUUAUAAAUAUUGAAGUAUCCCUAUUUCAGAAGACAUAUUUUGUUAAUUGAUUGUACAUAUUUAAAUAUGUAUUUUUGCACAGGUCUUUUUUUCUUAUAUCCAGUUUUGGUACAAUUGAGAUCAUCUAGUAUUUAUUUAUUAAUUAAUUAAAAAAAAAAAAGCAAA